AUGACCGACAGCUCGAACCCCUUCGACGGGAUCGACGUCGGGAUCUACAGUGCGCCCGCGCUGGCCGACCUCGACGGCGACGGCGACCUCGAUCUCGUCGUGGGCAGUCGGGGAGGCACUCUCAGCUACUACGAGAACGUCGGGUCCUCGACGUCGCCGACGUACACUUUCAUAGAUGCUGCGAGCCCCUUCGACGGUAUCGACAUCGGUAACGACAGCGCGCCCACAUUCGCCGAUGUUGACGGCGACGGCGACCUCGACCUCGUCGUGGGCGAAGAGGGCGGCGUCCUGAACUACUACAAGAACAUCGGGUCCGUGGUGUCGCCGACGUACCAAGUGAUGACCGACAGCUCGAACCCCUUCGACGGGAUCGACAUCGGAGACAGGAGCAUGCCCGCGCUGGCCGACCUCGACGGCGACGGCGACCUCGAUCUCGUCCUUGGCCAAGAGCCUGGCGCGCUCUACCUCUAUGUCAAUGGCUACUGCACAGGGCUGUGCAACCUAAAGGGCCUCUGCGACCCUACAUCGACUCCGUUUUUCGAAGCGUCCUGCCAGUGCCUCGGCGGCUACUCCGGCGACCAAUGCGGCGAGUGCCAGACGGGCUAUUUCGGCUCCACGUGCGAGCUCUGCCCAGAAGGUGGCUCGGAAGACCGCGACGCGCCGCGCCUCACCGACACCUGCGGCAUCGCCGGGAGCGGCCGGUCGCGCGGCUCCUGCGACGACGGCGUCCGCGGCGACGGGACCUGCACGUGCUACGACAUCUUCUCCGGGAGCGGCUGCACGGAGGGCACGUGUCCCGCGGGCACGAUCGAAACCGCAGCCUUCGAGGGAUAUUUCAACGUCGCCGAAUGCACGCCGUGCGACGCCGGCACGUACUCAGCGGAGGGCGCCGACCAGUGCACGAACUGCGACGCGGGCACCUUCUCGGGCGCGGGCGCCAGCGAGUGCGAAAGCUGCGCCCCGGGGACGUACUCUGGCAGUGGUGCCUCGGAGUGCGAGCCCUGCGCCGCGUCGACGUACGCUCCAGACGAGGGCUCGAGCUCGUGUGCGCUGGCUCCCGCCGGCAGCUUCGUCAGCGCGACGGGCGCGUCCGCAGCGACCGCAUGUCCCGCGGGCACCUACUCCGCGACGGCGAGCUCCGAGUGCACGACCUGCGAGGUCGGGACCUACAGCGAUGACGGCAGCGACACGUGCACGCUGUGCUCGAGCGGCUACUCGAGCGCCGCCGAGGGCGCGAGCGAGUGCGCGGCGUGCCCCGUCGGAAAGUACAAGGGCGCGGGCGCCGGCGCGUGCGUCGACUGCGACGCGGCCAAGUACGCGGACGAGGCGGGCUCGAGCGACUGCAAGCUCGCGGCGGCCGGGACCUUCAUCAGCACGACGGGCGCAUCCGCCUCGACGCCGUGUCCCGCGGGCACGUACUCGGCAACGGCCUCGGAGGAGUGCACCAUCUGUGGGAUCGGAAGCUACAGCGCCGCAGGCAGCGACACCUGCGCCACGGGCUGCUACUCGUGCCUCGAGGACUACUACUUCUCGCCGUUCGCCGUCGAUCUCGACGACGGCGGAUCCGUCCCGUGCGACGACUCGAUCAAGCUCCUCGUGAGCUGCGCGCACGACAGCACCAAGUGCUUCGACCAGUGCUGUCUGAGCUGCGAACGCGGCAUGGACUGCGAAAACGCGACGUCCAACACGCUGACGGCGGUGCCCAUCGAGGACGGCUGGUGGCGCGCGUCCAGCUACUCCGACGACGUCUACCAGUGCCAGUACUCCGGAGCGUGCAAGAAGGGCGAGUGCGCCGAGGGGCACGAGGGCGUCGCGUGUCGCGUAUGCAAGAACGACUACCACCACGACGCACUGAAGAACCGCUGCGUCGAAUGCAAGGGCACUUCGUUGGAUCCGCUGACGAUCGCGAGCGGCGCGUGUCUCGUCGUCCUGGCAAAAUCAAUCCGUACCACGUCGUUCGGCGCCUUUCUCCUGCUCACAUUCGUUGUGUUCCCGAGCGUGUCGACGACGGUGCUGCGCUUCUACAACUGCGUGAGCUACGAGGAAGGCUUUUCGGACGGCUCGACGGAGACGAUCAAGGUGCUCGAGGCGGACCACGACAUCUCGUGCACGUCGCCGAGCUACAAGGGCAUCUGGUCCACCUACGCGCUUGCCAUGCUCUUCGUAUACCCCGUCGGAAUACCGCUCCUCUACUGGGUGCUUCUCUUCCGGUACGAGCCGCGCUGCUACCAAUUUGUGGUCUUCGAGUGCAUCCGCAAGCUCGCGCUCACGGGCCUGCUUAUUUUCAUGUAG